UCCUGACUGGGUUACAGUUCAUUAGCGGACAUCACUUUGCUGCAGUCAACACACCAUGAAGACCUUCACCUUGAUAACAGCUUCACUUCUCUGCAGCUUUAGUUGGGUCUCUGUCUCAGUUUCUGGGUCUCAGAUCGUGGAGGUCCGUCCUGGUGAAGAUGUCUCACUGUCGUGCUCCAACAUGUCCAAACAAAGUUCGGUAUUUUUCUGGUACAGACUGGUCAACACAACCAAGUUCAGUUGUAUUUCUUUCAUGUACAGUGUUCACAGCAAACCUGAAUACUGCGAUGGAUUUAAAGAUGGAUCAUUUGAAAUGAACUUGGACAUCUCUACUGUGUUUCUCAAAAUCAAAAAGGUGGAAAUAUCUGAUUCUGGACAUUAUUUCUGUGGAUUUUAUGGAUCUGGACUCGUUAAUCUCAGUGUGGUACAUUUACAUGUGAAAGGCUCCCAUGAACUAGAUGACAUCACCAGUGAUUGUCAAAAAAAGCUUGAUGUAGAAACGAAGCUGCUGGGUGGGAUUCUGGCUGGUCUGACUGUUUUCUUCAUGACCAUCAUCAUUGGUCUGGUUCUUCAAAACAAGAAACUUCAGAAAGAUGCAGAAGAAAAACCAAGUCCAGAGAGAAAAAAGGUAAAUUCUCUUUUUUUAUGCAAUAACUGUGGCAUGAAUCAUAAUCCCAUCUUCUGUGCCAGUAGUAGUUAUUAAGUUGUAAAUGUGAUAAAAGUUGUUUUCAUCCUGUGUGGAAAGAAUCUGAGCUGUCCACUAACAGAUGGGGAGGUCGAUCGGUCGUAGUUCGUAUAAAACAACCAGCUCAUCACAGACCUUCACUCAACUUUUCUGAGGUUUUACUCAUUUCUGCCUCCCAUACAUUAUGAGGAAUUCAUGAACAGGGAUGUAGUCAGAUCAGACUCUGUUCUGCUCCCAGUUCCUGAUUCUAAAUACUUUAUUUUCAGACUCUGAACCCUGCAGACCUGGACCCUGCAGACCUGAUGUUCCUCUCAGAAACUAUACGAAGGAGGAGGCCUGCA